AUGCUGGUCACAUGUCAGUGCGUCUUGGGCCGCGGCGCGCUGUGGACUGGCGCCCGUCGGCCCGCGGGGGCUCUGCCCCAGCCAGCCCCGCCCCUCGAGCCCCCUCCGCCCCGCCUCCUCCUCACCAGCCGCUUCCCUCGCCCCACCGCGGGCCCCGUUCACGUGCCAGUAAACACAACAAUUGUCGUUAUUAUUACGGCGGUCCGGAGCUUUGUGCGCGAAUUUCAGGCCGCCGAC